GCCGAUUCGGAAGCUCGCGCUAAAGAGAGAGAGAGAAGGGGGGAAAAAAAAUCCGUAGACCUUCGGGCCUCGGGUAGAGCACGCCAAUGGCGCUCAUCACUUCCUCCCGCCGCCACCGCUCCUUCCUCCUCCUCCACGACCACCUCCGCCUCCUCUCAUCCUCCCCAUCUCCGCCUCCUACCGCCGCCGCUGCUCCCAUCUUCCUCGGCCACCACGCAUUCGACCCCGCCAUCCGCCGCCUUGCCCGCGCCCGCCGCUUCUCCGACAUCGAGGCCCUCCUCGAGCCCCUCAAGAAGGAUCCCCGCGCCUCCGGUGAACCCUUCCUCGCCGCCGUCGUCACCUCUUACGCUGCCGCUGGCAUGCUCGAACACGCCCUCCGCACCCUCGACGAGAUCCCCUCCCUCGGCGCCCCCCGCACCGCCCUUUCCUUCAAUGCCCUCCUCUCCGCCCUCAACCACUCCCCCCUCCCCUUCUCCCGCCGCCGCGUCCCCGAACUCUUCACGGACCUCUCCCGCCGCCUCUCCAUCGUCCCCGACAAGGUCUCCUACGGCAUCCUCGUCAAGUCCCACUGCCUCGCCGGCAACGCCAGGAAGGCCCUCGCCGUCCUCAAGGAGAUGGAGGAGAGAAAGAUAGAGGUCACCACCGUCACCUACACUACCCUUCUCGAUUCCUUCUAUAAGGAGGGCAGGCCGGAGGAGGCCGAGAGAUUGUGGAAGGAGAUGGAGAAGAAGGGAUUGAAGCCCGAUUUGCCGGCUUAUAAUGUUCGAAUCAUGUACCGAGCCCUCGAGGGGAAACCGCAAGACGUACUUGAUUUGAUCAGAGAGAUUGAGGCAGCCCGAUUGAAGCCUGACACCAUUACUUACAACUAUCUCAUAAGCUGUUAUUGUAGUCAUGGCCGGUUCGAGGAGGCGAAGAAAGUGUAUAAGGAGUUGGAGGAGAAGGGAUGUGUUCCAAAUACUGCGACUUUUAGGAAUCUUUUGGCUUCUUUAUGUAGAAAUGAGGAUUUUGAUGGCGCUCUGGAGGUGUUCACGGAUGGUGUAAAGCAAGGCAAGGUGCCAGAUUUGGGUUUGGUGAAGCUUCUGGUUGAGGGGUUGAUGAAGAAUUCGAAGGUUAGAGCUGCAAAGAGGGUGAUUAGUGGGCUGAAGAAGAAGUUUCCGAAAUAUUUCACUGGGGACUGGAAGAAGCUUGAGAAGGUAGUUGGUGUGAAUGUGAAUGGAGAAGGAUCUGAGCAAGUAGUAGCUGCUUGAAUUCAGAAAUAAUCUUGAGGAAUUCAGCUGGUGCUUAUGAGGAUUUGUUUGUUGCUUGUUCAAUUAAUCAUUUAGGAGCUCUAACAAAUGAGCAAAUUGCAUAUGGAAUUUAAUCCCCCAGGCGGGAGUAUUUAAGUACAAGCAUGGCUCAGUUACUGAAUAAGAUUGAUACCUCUGGCAAUUUUGAUGGCAAUAACAUAUGGUCUGCUUGGAUGAGGUUUAUUCUAUAAGGUGCAUUUAUCAAUUCUGAUAUCCGACAUCGUUGUAGUUGCUUUCAUGAUACGCAUUGUUAGUGGUGCAAUAAAUCAUGAUUCGUUCUGCCAUUGGUGCUUUGUUAUGUUUAAAUCUGAUUUUUCUACACUGAAUUCCCAUGGCAACAACCUUUCAUUUGAAAAGGUUGCACUGUCUCAUACUAUAUUGUUGAGCAGCUAUGGUCUAGUUUAGUUGUACUGUAUUGCCUACAUGAUGCAGUAAUGAUUUGGUCAUCUUAUUUUGGAUGAUGAAUGAUGGAAUGCUCCGAGGUAUGUUUUU